AUGGCCAGUACAAGCUUGACGGCUUCCUAUCUGACGCCGGACCCAAGCUUCAAUUGGUUUUUUCUUUUGGAGCUGAUCGUUUCCUGUAUUCUGGCCCUUUUCUUCCUCCUUUACUUCAAUCGACUAUUCGCGACCCUCGUAUCAUAUGCAAUUCGCGCAUACACCUGGCACUAUUAUCGCGUCUAUAUCGAUAUUAACGCGCUGCAAGUCUCGCUACUCGGUGGUCGAAUAUUUUUCAAAGGCGUCAGGUACCAUGGCGCCAACGAGACGAUCUUCAUCCAUGGCGGUUUCAUAACAUGGAGGUAUUGGAAGCGCAAUGUGGAACGGACGGACCUCUCGGAGGUUCGGCGCAAGACAGGGGGGUUGGGCACAUCUGAAGGGCCCAAAAGUGAUUCUCCGAGCACCGGUGGGAAGAAUGAUGGCCAUGGAGAAGAAGGCGGCGUGGGCAAGGCCACGGAGCUACCCUGUCGCGUCUCCAUGAAGGUCUACGGGCUGGAAUGGUUCAUUUACAAUCGCAGCCCAGCCUAUGACAGUAUUCUGGCCGGGUUUGGAUAUACCAAAGAUGGUAAAUCAGACAAAGAUGAGGACAACCCAUACUCGCCAACUUCCUCUACUGGCUCGCAACCGGAACGUCAGCGUACCAACGACACGGUCAAUAUCCGAUCUGCGAACGAACCUAAGCCGGAAUCCAAUGAUCUGCCAGAGCGCCAUACGACCGAAGAUGAUAAUUUGCGAUCCCGGAAGACCGAUAUUCGCCAUGCUGAGCUCUCGGAACCCGUCUCAAACAUGCUUCAGCUCCUCCCGGUGAAACUUGAAUGCACCAAAGGCGCCGUUGUGCUUGGAAACGAGAAUACCAGAUCUGUCUUGACGACUACUUUUGAUAGUGCGACAGGGAACAUCGCUGCAUGCAACGCCGGACCUCUUGAUCUUUAUCGACAACUCUUUGCGUUCAAUUUCAGUCACCCUGUCCUUCAAAUGCGCCCUAAUCCCGACUUCAAACAAACCCAACUAGCAACUGCCAAAGUUCUGAGUGCUGCAGAAAAAGAGGAUCCUUCAAAAAGCAAAAAAAAGCGGAACCCCUUCAGCUACCGAUUUCACAAGCGCAAGCUAUGGCAUGGGAUUCGAGAUCUCGUCCCGUAUUUUCAGAGCUCUGUCGAGUCCUUUCAUUCCAGUAUCAAGCAGGCAGAUUAUCUGCCACGAAGUCAAGCAGAGUUUCCCGAAGUUCGUUGGACUGGAUUGUCCCGGUAUCUAGAUCAAGGCGAUGCCGAUGACCAUGAACAAUGGAAUUCGGUCGAGUAUGCGAGGUUUUCAACAAUAAUAGACAGCCCUAGCUUGGAUUUGACCUAUUUCUGGGAUAUACCGGGACGGGUUGGUCCUCAACACCUGGCUUCCACCCAGCCUGGCCAUGAUAAGACGGACAAAAACAUCAACGACGCUCUUCCUCCGGAAUGGGGUAUCGACAUGAAAAUUGACGGCGGCACAAUAAACUACGGGCCUUGGACCGAUAGGGAAAGAGUCGGCUUGCAAAAUGUUUUUUUCCCAAAUUUCUACCGAAGCUCCGAUCCUGCAGAGCAAUUGGCCCCGGGUGUCUUGAGGCAAAGUACAGCAUUUAGAUUACGUGUUGAGAUCAGCAGCGAGCUUGAACUGCGAAUUCCUACCCGCGAGCAAUCGAAAGAUUGGCAAUGGAAAGGUCGGGCUGAUGCCAUCAGGGGUUCCUCAAAGGCAAAAGGUCAACAGGAGAGAAGGAAAUCCCGCCCGAAAGAAGGUGAAAAGGGAACCCUUGGAUCCGACAUCCGUCCCUUUGGAUGGCUGUCUCUCUGUGUGGCAGCCGACUCCUCUAUCAGCUACGCCAUGGACAUGGUGGCUUCUAGUGUGGGCUUUCGAAACGAGCUCACUCUUGAUUUGCGAGAGUCAAAAUUGUCUUCCAGUGUGAACCAUGGGCUCCUCUGGCAGUGCCCUCGACAAUUUGUCACUUGUGACUUGUCCAACCCUCUCAUUUGGAAUAGUCUUCGAUCGUGGAGAUUUACGGUCGACAGCCAGGAUUUGGAACUGUUCCUCCUACGAGAUCAUAUCUUUCUUCUGACUGACCUUGUGAGCGAUUGGGCAUCAGGGCCACCAUCUGAGUACUACACAUUUGUACCAUUCAUCUACAAUAUCGAUCUCGUCUUUUCGAAUCUUCAGCUUUUGGUCAACGUGAACGAUCGAAACAUCAUCAGCAACCCGACUGAUCUGGAAGAUAAUCGAUUCAUUGUCAUCAAGGGCAAGACAUUAACGGCGAAUGUGACUAUCCCGCUCAACAAAUUUCAGCCUGAUCGAAACGCUGUAGAUUUCAAAGUUAAUCUCGAGGACGGAGGUGUGGACUACCUCACGCCCGGUUGGGAUACCUUGCAUGCUUUCUUACCGGGAAAGUCCAUGGCCACGCUGGAUAACCUAUUCAUUGAUGGAUCCUACAACUAUUUUCACAUGACCUCGUCUGAGUUGACAGAUACAUUGGUACUCAACAUCAAUGGAGGGUCGCCUCGAAUGUAUCUCUACGGGUUUUUGAUCAAGAGUUUCAUGACAGUUCGAGAGAACUACUUUGGAGAUGAGAUGCACUUCAAAACCCUCGAGGAGUAUCAAGAACUGGUCAACGCCGAGGAACCAUCAUCCAACCCCACCGGAAUAAACCCGAACAGAAAGUCCAACGAUAUGGAUGUAUUGGUCCAUGUCACUGUCGAUAGCCCCUGUGCUCUGCUUCCAGAGAGUAUCUACGACCAAUCCAAAUGCUCGAGGCUCCGCGCCGCCUCGCUCGAGGUUGAUUUGCGUUUUACCAAUUAUUACAUGGACAUGCAACUUUCAAUAAGUCCGCUCAAAAUCGACCUCCAGUCAGUCCAGCAGGAUGGAUCCACGUCCAUUACAGGAACCCAGUUGUUCAUUGAUGGUGUCUCCGCCUAUGGUCAUCGUCUAUUCGGACUACCACCUGCAGAACCGACCUAUGUUUGUAACUGGGAUUUCGAUGUUGGAAAGAUCCUGGGUGAAUGCUCCACGGAGUUCUUGCAAUGCUUGUCUUCCAGUCUGAAAAGCUUCGAUUUCUCAUUUGACAACGAAGAAAAUGUCCUCGCGCCACUCUUCCCUCCUGUUCUAUAUGAUGUGACUUUCUUGAGGGCAAAAAUCAGCUCUAUUCAUGUUUCUGUGCUGCUGGACCAAGUUGCUGUGGUCUUAAAAUCGAGCCCGCUGACAACAAAAUUCAAUGACUGGGUCAAUUCAAAGUUCUCAAAACGAUUGAGAUUAUUGGUUCCCGAUGUCACGUUAGCUGCCAUUGAUCGCAAUAUUGUGGCCCAGGCUCUUCGAACACCCGAAAAGACUGUAAAUACACUGGGCCUCAUUCAGCUGUCAAUUGGGCUCAAGAUGGCUAUGCGCAAGAGAGGCAUUGGCGAGCUUCGUCGCUUGCAACAGGAACAUAUUAAAGCCCACGACAAACGGACUCAUCGAGCCCAAUGGCUACUCUUUGACUGGGAAGAGAUUGGUCCAACUUCAUCCUUUGCCGAUGGGAGGAAGAUCUCUCGCCCCGACAAUGGCCAUUCCAUCUAUGCCUGA